GAGCUCCGUGCGCGCCCCCGACACGAGGCGAAUGCGGUAGCCUACGAAAAAACAAGCGAGCGGCGCCGGAGACACAAGAGGGGCGCAGUUUACCUUCUGCUAACAAGAUCUCAAUUUGGAGCGCACAUUCACGCCCUUUCGGGUUGUGUUGCCGCCGGAGAGUGCUGUGGACAUUCGCGGACAGAGAUAAUAGGAUGCAGUGCAGACACGGCUGUUGACUGGUCUGCAGGCUUUCCACCUCUCUUGCCCCAGGGGGCCCAAUUCCUGUGGUCCCCACUUUAUCUUCAGCUUUAUCGGGACUACACAAACUGACACCAUAGGAGUACAGGGACCAAACUUGCACGCGUUGCUCGGAUCCGCACAGCUCAUCUCCUGACUGAGGAGAGCGCGGCAGCUGCACCACUCCAACCAAGUGUUCCCUCCUUGCCCCGCCCACACCGUCCUGUCACCAUGGUGCUUUCACAGCGGCAACGAGAUGAACUAAAUCGAGCCAUAGCUGAUUAUCUGCGUUCCAAUGGAUAUGAAGGAGCAUAUUCUACUUUCAAGAAGGAGGCAGAAUUAGAUAUGAAUGAAGAAUUAGACAAGAAGUAUGCUGGCCUUUUGGAAAAAAAAUGGACGUCAGUUAUCAGAUUACAAAAAAAGGUUAUGGAACUUGAAUCUAAACUGAAUGAAGCAAAGGAGGAAAUCACCUUAGGAGGACCUGUUAGUCAAAAGCGAGACCCUAAAGAGUGGGUCCCACGCCCACCAGAAAAGUAUGCGUUGAGUGGUCACCGCAGUCCCGUCACUAGAGUCAUCUUCCACCCAGUCUUCAGUGUGAUGGUAUCCGCUUCAGAAGAUGCAACAAUAAAGGUGUGGGACUACGAGACUGGAGACUUUGAACGCACACUUAAGGGCCACACGGAUUCCGUGCAGGACAUAUCUUUUGACCAGACUGGAAAAUUGCUUGCAUCCUGCUCUGCAGACAUGACUAUCAAACUGUGGGAUUUCCAAGGUUUUGAGUGUAUCAGGACUAUGCAUGGACAUGACCACAACGUAUCAUCUGUAGCUAUUAUGCCCAAUGGAGAUCAUAUAAUUUCUGCUUCAAGGGACAAAACCAUGAAAAUGUGGGAAGUGGCAACAGGUUACUGUGUGAAGACCUUCACUGGCCACAGGGAGUGGGUGCGCAUGGUACGACCCAACCAGGAUGGCACUUUAGUUGCCAGCUGCUCCAAUGAUCAGACGGUGCGCGUGUGGGUUGUGGCCAACAAAGAGUGCAAAGCUGAACUGCGGGAACAUGAGCACGUGGUGGAGUGCAUCUCCUGGGCACCAGAGAGUGCUUACCCCACCAUACUUGAUGCCACAGGUUCCGAGAGUAAGAAGAGUGGUAAGCCAGGCCCUUUCCUGCUCUCUGGUUCAAGAGACAAAACUAUCAAAAUGUGGGAUGUUAGCAUAGGCAUGUGCCUUAUGACACUGGUCGGCCAUGACAACUGGGUGCGGGGCCUCCUUUUCCACCCGGGAGGAAAGUUUAUUGUGACCUGUGCAGAUGACAAGACUUUAAGGAUCUGGGACUACAAGAACAAACGCUGCAUGAAAACCCUGAGUGCCCACGAACACUUUGUUACCUCUUUGGAUUUCCACAAGGCUGCUCCUUAUGUGGUGACGGGGAGUGUAGAUCAGACAGUAAAAGUGUGGGAGUGCCGCUGAAUAGGUCCUCCUAAGAUUGGACCAGCACCCUGACUACCCAGAUGGUCUUCUGGAUCCUGCCCUCCCUCACCUCGUCAUUCCACCUCCCCUCUUUCACCUAAGCUAAACUUCACCCGCACAUCUUCAUCUCCUUCGGCUGCACCUGCCACCAUGGUUACUUAACCCAUCGCGCUCUCUGGUCUAAUAACCUAUGCCCCUCUAUGUAAAUUAUUCUUGGAUGUAGAUCAAGCUAUUAAAUGUUACACAAAAAAGUAUUCUUGCAUGGUAAUCAAAACUUGUAUACUGUAAAUUUGCAUAACGUCUAGAAGUACCAUAGGUUUAACACAGGGCUGGCCGUCUGUCACGCAGCCUUACUGACCAACCGAAGGCAGAUGUUUUUGAUGUAGGGCACUAAAAAAAAAUAAAUGACGGUGUCUUUAUGUGUAAGAAUUAAUUUUGUCUAUUCUUUUUAUUUAGAGCUUUCCCCCCCCCCUUUAUUUCUGUCCUUUACUGUCUUAGUCUGAUGGUGCCUAGCUUGGCGAAAACCUUUUUGAGCGAAUGGGCCGAAAAAGCAUAUAUGAUAAGACUAUCUGUUGGCCUUUGUUUUCAAAAUAAUCUGUAGCUUUAUACCAUCACCUCUCAAGUGUGCAUACCAUUUCUCUUCAUGUGGCGCGUGCUCAUAUUUUAAAGUUGUAUAUACAGUACCAAUGUUUCAAACUGUUGUCUUUGGACCUCAUGGGGGAUGAACCGCAGCUUUGUACUCUUGUCACGGUGGCACAUGAACAAAUUUUAGGCUUUAGGUGAAACGUCCUAUUGCAAUUUGAGAAUAGCAGCGUUGAGCAAUUUGCUUAAAUUUGGUGGAGGCUUCGCUAGCUGUGUCUCCUUUUGGAGACUUUCCUGUAACCUUCACUUUGUCCUUUUCAACUCCCAGCUCACUAGCCUUGCUAGGAUAUUUGUGUAAUACUGUAUAGGAAGGAUGUAUAGACUAAAGAAACUUAGUAUUGCAUGGCGCCUCUAUUGACCACAGAAAUGAACCUUCUUUUACAAAAUGGUGAAAGGAAAAAGCAUGACGAGUCGACGCGUGUCCCCGGGUUUGAUACUUAGGAUCUGCUCAGAUAAUUUCUGAGGGGUGAAAAACAGGUUCAACUCGAUAAAAAUAAAUCGGUUUUCUGUGAAAAUAUGAAUUGUAAAUUAAGCUAGUUAAGCCAUUUGGCAGUUUUGUUAUGUUGCGGUAAAGAAUGAGCUGAAUAAAAAUGGGAGUAGUUUUGGACUAGUGAGGUGAUACUAGCAGAGGAUAUGGACUUGGUCUGCUUCAUAUUUUCUGUAAUAUGAGCUGCAAUACUGACAAAUUGCAUGACCACUUGACGUGUUUCCGAGUGGCAUUCUUCUUACGUUUAACUCUAACCGGGACGAACUUUGGGGAGAAUGGGAUUUAAAAAAUAAAAUGCAACCAACCAUUCCUUUCUCCUUGUGGGAAAUUGAAACCUCUUAUCACCUGAAAAGUGUUGGUUAAUUAAUCUCACACACCCUCAUUUCCACUAAACUUUUGGUCCUUUAACAAUGGUCAAGGACAAAUUUGUUGAUAAUUGCAUAAACAUUUUCCCUCCAAUGCAGUUCAUGGUUAUUUGGGGAAAAAAGAAAACCUCAUCAGCUUCUUUUCUACAGUUUUUUUGUGUGUACUGGAUGUGGUGCUCUGCUGCUGAAGCUCCUGCUCGCGGUGUAAAAUGUGACCUGUUGCUAUACUGUAUAGCGCUGCUGCAUGGUAAUAACAUACACCAGAGGCUGAGUUGUCUGAACACAUUUUAAAGAACACAGUGGCUUGACAGAGACCUAAUGGUCAGACAAGUGCAAAGAAAAGGCUGGUUAUGUUUAGACCACUCAAUUCCUCUUGUAGAAUGGAGAGAUUUGUCGUGGGUGUGGCUUUCCAUCACCUCACUUUUUUUGUGUGAAAAGCGUUUCUACAUAUUCAAUUAAAGUCAGACGAGGAAUCCAAAGGAAAAACAAUCUUUAAGGGAAUGUGUCAGUUAUCCCGUAGUUGUCUUCUCCCCACUUUUCCCAGGAUAAGACUUGACUUUUGAGAGCAUCGAUGGGAGUGGGAAAACCGUUAAAUUCGGCAUGAGAAUGGCUAAAUGUUUUCAAGCUGAUACCAAAAAUUGUUAAAUCAGAAUUGAAUUGAAUCUGGUUUAGCCAAGCCAUGACCAAUUUUAGGGGGAAAAUGCUCACACCCUCAGGGCCACACUAUGACAUGUCAGGCCUUAUACAUACUCAUUUGAUUUUAAAUGAAAAAUGUAAAAUAAAAAGUUGGUAUGACAUUUGGAGGCUCUUUUUCUAUGAAUUUGUUGAAUCAGAGCUGCUUGUGUUGUAUGGAAGUGUAUUUCUCUUUUGCCAGGCAAUCCUUUUGCUCACUGCUCUGGUUUAUGAGUGACCUGACUGAGUUUUUGUUGUCUCUGUGUCAUUUCUGUUCAAGUCCACCAGUCCUCUCUAACAUGCGUGUGAACCUCGUUGAGGGCUUCAGACUGCACAACAAGCUCUUAAAUGAAAGUUCAUGUUUUCACCACUAUGGUCUCACUCUUCACUCUUCAAACUGUUAACA